UCUAUCAUGUACUUGCAUAUUACUUCGAAGGAAACGGUUCAUGCUUGAUCUGAGAACUUCAACAGAAAAUUAGUUUAGAAAACUUCCGUGAAUGCACGCUUGUAAAAUGUAAUGGAAGCACGAUUGUUUUAUUCCAAUUUCACUCUUGAGUGUCCAAAAGUAAAAGAAAGCGUCAACUUCAAAACAUCGUCUUUCUGACGAAAAAAUGACAGUAGUGACUCAAGUUCCUGUUAAAAAACUCAAUUUAAGUGCAACCCAGGCCACGUGGUUUGCGUUGUAAAGGGAAAAAUACAUGGAAAAUAACUGCAAAGAGUGAUCCAUUAAAUACCCUCUCUCCUCCUCAGUUAGCGUGCGCACCCUAAUAAUGAUAUGUAUGUCUUCAUUACAGCCUACAAUAUCGGACACGAAGGAGAUAUAGUUUUGACGGAGAGAGACUGGAACGUUUACGAGAAGGCACGUUUCAAAAGAAAUGCCGUGCGUCAGAGGAAAAAGAUUUGGCCCAACCGAAUUAUUCCAUAUGAGAUCGAAAAUGGACUAGGUAGGUGAAACCUGCCGAACAUACGCAGUUUAUUUCUCGGCAAGGUUACGAAGGGAAGCCAUCUUUGCUCAAAUCUUUUAUCGCUCUGGAAUAUUGGAAUAUUAAGGCACCCAGUUGUCUCGUUUCCAUGGUAACAACAGUAUCAAGUUAAGUCUGUAUUUUAUUGCAGUAGUUAAGUUUAAAAGUUUAUGCAAAUAUUAGUUGGUUUUCAGUAAAUGUCUUGAUAUUUUCCUAUUUUUCCUACUUUUUGUCAAGAGCUCGCCAUUUUGAUUUCGUCCGUAGAGCCGAGCUUGGAUGGGAUUCACUGUUAGUACCAUUAGUACCAAUCUAUUUCCAAUCUGGGUAAUUUAGUAUUAUCAACUGAGUGGAUAGCGUAAAUUGGCCAUCGUAAAGAGUUUGAAAGCUGACGUUUCGAGCGUUAGCCCUUCAUGAUUCACUUUGACGAAGGGUUAACGUUCGAAACGUCGGCUUUUUUGUGGCCAAUUCACGUUAUCUACUCAAUUGAAAAUACUAAAUUACCCUGUUAUACUCUCCCAUCGACGCAGCAUCACAGUUUCUUUCGAAACUUACCCCCUUACUUUCCAAUCUGUAUGAUGUCGUCUAUAUUUAUUACAUUUUAGACGCAUACAAGAAGAACAUCAUGUCUGCGAUUGAGGAGUUUCACAAAUACACCUGUAUCACUUUUAAAGAGAGGAAAAACGAGAGGAACUGGAUAAAAUUUAGCAAAGGAAAAGGGUGAGUGGAGUUUCAACUGCUUUUACCUGUUUGAACCCUGUGGUAGGCGCGGUGGCCAAUGGUUGGCUCGCUUUACUUCGCGUCGAAAGAUUCGCUUUCAGCCAAUGUGUCGCGUUGAGCAGGAAGACACUAUACUAUCACAAUUCCUCUCUCUCUCCCACCCAUCUUCCCUCUCCAGAAGUAUAAAUGAGUUUCUGUGAACCGUAGGGAAAACUAGACAAAAGCCAGAGGUGUUAACUCCAAUGAGAAGCGUCCUGUCUCGGUAGGGUAGCAGUAUUGCGAGAAAAAGCGUUGUAUGUGCAGAAUUUUUACAAACCCGUUGUCUGAUCGCCUAAAAAGUGCAAUAUACAUUCUUUGUGGAUUAAGAAGUGUUCAAAGUUUUUCUCGUUUUCAACGAAACGUGCUUUUAUUUACACACCUGAGAGCGCUGUAAAAACACAGGGUUUUUCUUGCAAUUGACGUGGAUGCAUUGGUGUUUUGCAGAUGUUGGAGUUACAUUGGCCGAUUGUACUGGUUCAAGGGUCCUCAAAGUCUGUCGCUGGGGGCUAGAUGUAACAACAAAGGAAUAAUUAUGCAUGAGUUGAUGCAUGCAAUUGGGUUUUGGCACGAGCAGUCGAGGCCUGACCGAGAUGAGUACGUGGAAAUCAUCUGGGAGAAUAUUAAGAAGGGUAUGUGAUGCAUCAGUCACGUGUUAUUUGAACUUCAACAAUGUACCUACCACGAUAAUUACCACAAAUGACUACACCCUCUUUUGACAGUAUUCAUCAAAAGUGGAAGCUUCCCACACGAUCCUCCGCGAGACUUAUCGCGCGAGGACGAACGCCAUGACCGUGGAAGGAUUUUAAAAGCGCUAUAUUUGCAUGAAUAAUAUGACUAGGAAAUUUGUGGCAACCAGAUGGAGAAAUGCAAAUUAGAUCAUGAUAAUAAUCGGGCCAAGAAAGCUUUAUUGUGUUUUCAAGCGUUUCAGUCAGGAAACCUGUUCAUAGUCAAUCCUAGCUCAAGGCUGACUUGACACUCCCACUCUGGUCAGUUCAGAGUAAUCCAGUGCAUGACUGUAGUACAUCGGGACAGCGGUCUCGUACAUCCGGGAACUCUAAGAGUGGUGAGAGAGAGCGGGAAAGUAGAGGAGUUAAACCCGAGUUUUUUGUCUCGUGUGUUACAUUAGAACUGUUGCCUUGAAGCAUUUGUGGCGUACCUGUGAGGUAUUCAACUUUACAAUGACCUGCAAAGAUCGCAAAAUGUCAGAGAAAGGCGACAGCACUACUGAUACAUUUUAAGUUUUUUUAUGUGUUAUUUUUUAGGGAUGGAAAAUCAAUUUAACAAGUACAAACAUUCCAAAGUAGACAGUAUGGACUUUGAUUAUGACUACAAUAGCUUGAUGCAUUACAGUAAACGAACGUUCUCAAGAAAUGGUAAACCAACUGUGCGCGCUCUAAACAACCCUUACAUGUCUUUGGGACGCUCAGUCGGCUUCAGUUAUCUGGAUAUCAAGAAAUUAAACGCCCUGUAUGACUGCAAAAGUGAGUGUCUACUCUGAUUUACAGAUUAUCAAAUUAGUUAAUUAAAUGGGUUUUUCAGGCUGAAUAAAACAAGCAUUUUGAUUACUAGUUUUUACUAAUGAUCUCUUUAUCGCAUAAAACAAAUAGACUCUAUGUUGCCGUGUUGCCGCUUAAAUGUGGCAAAAACGUCAGUGUCGCACUCAUUUGCGCCUCGUGUGCCACUUUUUUUUUCUUACGACAUUUUGAGGUCAUCUGUGAUUUACUACUGAACAGACACCCAACAACACGGAAUUUAUUCGUUCAAUAGACAUCAAAACUUCAAACUUUAUGUGAAAAGUCCCGCCAUUAUGGUUAAUUUAUAGCUUUGCCAUUCUACGCAAGCGAGUUCGUGAAGCGCAAAUGUUAUUCAGCUUUUUCAAUUAACGCUUGUUCUUUUUGUAGAUAAGGACAAAGUAGGCUGGAGCGAGUGGUCAGCGUACACCCCCUGUAACAGCAGGUGCAUGAAGUACCGCCAGCGGGUUUGCUUUUCGUCCCGGUCGCACUGUCCUGGGGCCGAUUCUCAUGGAAUAAAAACUGACCGGAGGAAGUGUACCAAAGAGGAAUGUUAUGGUGAGUGAUAUUAUUAUAAGACCAAGUUAUCAAUAUCCUCCUCUCGAUGAAUGUUGGGUCUGGCAAACUAAUAACGGUCUUCUCCCUGCAAAAUUGAGGGCAUCUUAAUUGGUUCUUUUAGUUUACUCUCUAGCUAACUAUGAUUGCAGAUCCACUUUAAAAGAAUGUAGAAUGCUUUAACCCAUCUUUUUUCUCGGAAUAUUUUAGCGCCUGUCAAGGGAAACUGGGGUCAAUGGGGUGUGUGGAGCGCUUGUGAUAAAUCAUGUGGUUACGGCAAACGGAAGAGAACAAGAUCAUGCAACGACCCGGCACCUAAAUAUGGCGGGAAAACGUGCGUGGGAGCAAACACACAAAUGCGCACGUGUAACAUGAAGGCGUGUCCUGACAGUAAGUCAAGUUCUGCUAGGUUUUUGUCUAUGUCCUUUAGAUCUACAUCCUUGAGCAGAUUUUUUGCGUAGUUCCAAUUUAGAUGCAACAUGAACAAGGCAAGAAAAUAUUAGAUUGUAUGGAACAGGAAUGGCUAAAUGAUGAAAACGAUUUAAACAGGUCGCAAACAAAGAACGUGAAAAUCAGUAAGCUUUAUUUUGUGCGAUGUAAAUAAACGGUUAGGUUGUGCCUUUGAAGGACUAGGUCAUGCAGUCUUUUUUAAUUUGUUCAAAACAUACUGGUACGAAAAAGAAACUAGAAAAAAUGCCAAUGGAUGACAUUUAUGUGAAUUUUUUACCCAACAUGUACGGAUCUAUAGGAGUUAAUUAUAUUUCGUGUGGGAAUAUCUCACGAGUGAAAUUAUUUUUCCCCAAAACGAGGCCUCCCCUGGAGAUAAGACUCCGGGUUAUAUAUUGUUAGCUAUGUGUUCCUAAUCAGUGCUCAUUGUAAGAUUAGUCUAUUUAAAAAUUUUCGUUUUAAAAAUUGUUUUUAUUAUUUCUCUCUUUGAAUCAUGCUCGAUAAAUGGACAAUAUCCACGUUAACACAAUUCCUUCUUUUGCAGAUUCAAACGCUUGUGAUUUCGAUAAAGACUAUUGUAAUUGGACAAACGUCUGGAGUACGUCACCAUCUUUUAAGUGGUAUCGUCACAAAGGUCCUACCCCGAGUAGGAACACAGGACCAGGAGGAGAUCAUGGCACAGGCAAUGGUAAGUUUGGACUUGGACUGCCUGUGCUCUUUGUGGAAGGCUUCCCGCUAUUUUAUCGGGAAAUGGAGUUUUUAAAUACGGCAAAUUUGCGAUUGUCACAGCACAUUAACUCUUGGUAUUUUUAAUUUGUUUCUCCGUAGGCUAUUACCUCUACCUAGAAUCCUCUUAUCCCGCGCGGUUUGGUUUCAAGUCUCAGCUAAUGAGCCACUCGCUCAAUCCCUCGGAGGACUGGUGCAUAAGCUGGUGGUACAGUAUGAAUGGUCGGACUGUGGGCCAUCUUAGCGUUUACCUGAUAAACACUGAGUUGGGAACCAAAACGAAACUGUGGUCCAAAUCAGGAGAACAGGGAAAGCGGUGGAAACAAGGGUUCUCUUCACUGAAAUCUGACUCGCAUUUUAGGGUAAGAGAAGAUUUAACAGAGGAUUAACGUUUCGUCUCCUAAAAAGCUAUAAAGCGACAUUAUUCAUUAUGAUGUAAGCAAUCGAAGUUUCGUUUCUGAUAUGGCAGUGAAUGAAUUUAAGAACGGAAAUGUCCGCCGCUGAGCCAGCUUCAAUAUAUUUUAAUCUUUUAAAUCCUAAGAGUGACCAGCAUGUAAUUUCUCCCUACAAUAUGACUCUUAAAUCUCACGUUAAGGUCAUGAGAAGGAACCUUUUGAUUGGCAAACAAAUUCUCCUUGUCAGCGCCUUAGGAAAUGUAUAAAGAACAGUGUGGAGAAUAUGCAUACUGAUAUUAGGGCGUAAAGGGUUAAGGCGCGAGUAGCGCGCUAAACUCCGUAUCUAGGGGUUUGGGUUCGAGGCCAUGUUUCUGUGCGGCCUCUUCACUUAGUCAAUAAUAUACCGUGAUUCCAUCUGUUGAAUUGCUUGUAUUGCAGAUUAUGUUUGAAGGUACACGAGGUCGAGGCUACACGGGAGAUAUAGCAUUAGAUGACGUGCAGUUUAGGAAAGGAUCUUGUCAACUUAAUGGAUUUGUAAAAUACUAAAACAAUGGAAAUGUAUAUAUUUGGGUGAAAAACUGUACUCGAUGGUCUUGAGUGCGGCCCGCGGCCGAAUGCCAUACUCAAGACCAAGGGCACCGUUUUUUUUUUCCAUGCAGAUCAAUUUAGACCACUAAAUAAUCUAUUUAAUUUUUUUGCUGGUUUGUUUUUACCACUUUGUCGGGAAUGGCGUGAAAAAUUCCGUAAAAAGCUGGACCGGUUACGAGUGCGCGAUUAGCCGAUCAGAUUCAUGGAUUGAAAUUCCUGCCCUCUGAUAUACACCAGAAAAAAAAAUUUUGUCAUUUCUCAGACGCUUAUGUAGGUUAUGAUGUGUCAGGCAUUUAGUUUUUCUUACAGAAAUGAUAUAAAAAAGCUCGAAAGCUCACAGAAAUUAAAGAAAGUUUAAAAGACUUUACUACAGUGAUAGAAAAAUAGAUUUUAUUAGGUAUCGUAUACUAAAAUUUUACACACAUCUUCAGUUGUCGUAGAACCUUUGAAACUUUCUACUCCUUAUAAAAAAAAAAAAACUUAAUACAAAAGUGAGAUGAGAUCAUACUCGGCGUUUUUUAGGUACACAUUUGCGACGAUUUCAAUCUGAGUCUUGACUGUAUAUACAAAUCUUUCAGAUAACAUUUUUUUCCUCGGGCUUAUGCGGGGAAAAAUUUCCAAAAAAUAGAUUAAAAGCAUGGUGUAAAAUAGGAACUGUACCAUUGUCAUACUCGAAAGUUUCUAACUACCUUUUAUAGCAUAGUUUACAUAUCGUAGAUGAGUAGAGGGUACAUAUGAGGGGCGACCAUUUGUACCAGACAAAUUUAAUUCCAAACCAAUCUUUUGUAUAAAUUUGCCGAAGCGUCCAAUCUAGUAAUAUAUUUCUAUUCC